GUAAGUCUUCAGUAUAUCACCACUGUUGGUCCACUAUGGGUGUGCUUCUGCAUUGUCUCUAUUCUGAUACAGGACACCUUUCGGCAGGUCCGGUUUUCUGUUCUUGGUUCGGAUUUUGUUUCCAGCAGCCAACAGAAAUGUAUCGUGUUCGGACAACGAUGAGAGCUACUCGUCAGCGACAGGCUGAAUGGUUUGUUUUGUUGUCACUUAGCGCAGUAUUGAUAGCCGUAACUGCAUCUGCGACUCGCUUGGAAAAUGCGACCCUGUCAUUACUGGAUCAGGGACCCAAAGUGAAUGAAGAGGUUUUUAGGAAGCCAAAACCAAACGAAAAGAGAACCAAUAGUGAAUUUUCAAUCCGUUCGACCGCUAGUAGUGUCUUGGAUGAUUUGUGUCGUCUCCAUAGCAACUUACUCGACUCGUCCCUUACCUUUGAACAGAAUCAAAUGGAUGGAGAUACACACUCAGCAACCAUCAAUAUUCUCCACGACAUAUUUGAUCCAUCCUUCGGGUUGGUUCCAUAUAUCCCCUACACAGUUGAAAUUACCCUGGAUGAAAAUGAAGGUAGCUACUUGUAUGCAUUACAAGCGAAUGUUGGAAAGCUAACGCAAACCAGUCCUCAAGCUACAGCUACCCGCUUGUGUGAUCCUUUGAGUGACAAUUCUGUUCCUCAGUUACUCCAACUGACUUCUGUAUUCAACAACAUUUCUUGGAUAUUCAAGUCUACUCCUGAAGUUGAAACAGCUCUAACACUUCGACUUUUAGGGUAUUCGACAGUAACUCGUAAACUUUUCAGCCUGGCCGUUCUCAACCACACUGUUAUCCCAGGCUGCUACUUGAAAUUGCACUCCAGCCGUGGCGUAGUGUCGAGUUCGCACUUUCCACCUCAGUUCGAGAGUACCACCUACGGUGUGGACCACUCGUCGUCGCCAACUUGGGGAUGCUUGUUGCUCCUAAACGUUCCUGGUGGAUCUAGCGCUGAACUUACUCUACGGAAACUCAAGCUUCACCGGCCACACUCGCGUGAAUGCCAUCAGGACAGCCAACUGCAAUUAGCAACGUCAACAAGCUGGGGCCCACAUCAGAUGGUGGAUGGGAAACCAGCUCACAACUCGCAACAGCCAUCUUGGUCAAACCUAGCUGAAGUUCAUCGCUGGCAGGUCGCUCGUACGUUCUGCGGAAAAAUCCAGGAUUACUCCAAGAACCUGCGGACAUGGCAAACAUUCCAACCUUGGGUGUUGAUUCGCUAUACUAGUAAUCAACGUAACCGCCACCACAUACGAGGAAGCACCGCGGCUAGUAAUAAUUUCUUCGUGUUCAAGUUUAACAUUCUCGGACCUUGUCUGAACGUUUUACUUACCGAACCUUCUAAAACUAUCGAGUUGUCCGAUUCCGAUUUGGUUGCAAGUCCUCAUGAAUGCACUUUCCGUAUCCACGUUCCAUACGGCUACCAGAUAAAACUCUCGGUUCGUUUACACGACGAUGACAGUAUAAUUCCACAUGAGAAUGAUCUAGUAAAGAAGGAAGCUGUAGGUGAUGAAGAGCUGAACUACAAUUCACUUCUCCUACAAAGUGGCAGAUGUCAAAUAUCUGUGCAAAUCGAAGAUGCUACAGGUCACCGAGUCCAAUGUUUAAACGACCACCAUCCAUCUGCUUCCUUCUCUUCAUUGGGCAAUUUCUUAAAAUUUCAGGCUGUGGUACUUCGGUCUAUGAAUCAAGGUGGAGAAGUGGCAAAACCAUCUAGUAACACUUCAUAUGGUGAGACGAGGAAUGUGCAUUCAGCCCUACGCCUAAGCGUCCAUUACACCACUGAAGCUGAUCCUCGUUUGACAGAUGGAUGCGGAGAAGGAGUACUAGUUGACGAGCAAACUUGCGUUUGGUUGCAUUCCGAGCCUUUAACGUGGCACGAAGCGGAAGAAAAAUGCAGCCAGUUAGCUCCCAACGGUCAUCUGGUUGCGAUCACAAACUCUGAAAUCGAGCAAGUGGUCGACACGAUGAUUACAAAAAGUGCGUACUAUGAGCCUGAAAAAAGUUACUGGAUUGGCGCAUCAGAUCAAAAACAGGAAACAAUCUUCGAAUGGAGCAGCGGUGCAACGUUCAGCUACACUAAAUGGUUUUCCGGUUGGCCUGUGCAUCAGCUUUAUAACGCUCAGCCUAGUGACGACGGCAUCUCUAACCAAGAUUGCGUUGAAAUUCGACAAAGUUUUGGACAGCCGAGUUAUAGCGAAGCCCUAGCUGGCGGCUUCUAUUGGAAUGACCGAGAUUGCUCAGUCGCAAAUCCCUUUGUUUGCCAGAAACCUAGAAACGACGAUGAUUCCAAUGCAGUUACAUUCGGUGAGUUUAAAGACGUCAUGAGCUGCAAUCGUUCUGAGGAGUUGAACCGGUUACGGACUUCGGCUUUUGUUCAAAGCCCAUUCUUUCCUCGACCCUACCCGAAUGGCAUCACUUGCAUUGUGGAUGUAAACGCACCACCUGGUUUCAAAAUUGUGCUCAAUUUUGAAUUUUUCGAUCUUGAGGAAGAAGAGGAUUGCAACUACGACGUUUUAGAACUUCAAAAUUUGAACCAACUAUCGAUUUUCGGUGAACGUAAGGAUGCCAGCGCAACGCCUUGGCGGCGGUGCGGGAAUUGGAAUUCACGAUUAAAACUCUUGCAGUGGAAAAGCAACGGAAAUCAAGCGCGAAUCAAGUUUACAUCAGACAGUUCUUACAACAGCAACGGUUUUCGAUUGAGAGCAAGUAUAGAACGAGGUGAUUUAAGUUGUCCAGAAGUUGGUUCCAUUUCCCAUCACGGACGUUGUUAUUUGAUUGCGCCGUACCCGGAAAUUAGCUGGUUUGAGGCAAACGAAAUGUGUAGGAGUAUGCAGGCCGGCCUAGUGUUAUCGGACAGCAAUGGUGAAGAAAUACGAUUCUUAUUAGAUCAGAUAAAUUCCGAUGAGCAACUGAAUAGUACUGCCUUCUAUUGGAUUGGCCAAUCUAACCGGUUCCAACUCAGCAUCCCAUUAUGGGUUGGUGCCAUCCAAAAGUGCCCAUCAAUUCGCGCUUGGCCUCAGCUUACUAACGCAACAGUGAAUCUGGAACCAUGUGGCUCUCCUGGGGGAUACAUCUGCGAGAAACUUGUAAAAAAUGACCCUGGAAUAGCAUUCAACUCUUCCAUUGAGUCAAGGGAGGGUGAGGUCAAAUCGCCCAAUUACCCGGCACCUUAUGGCGAAGGCAAUCACUUCCGACUGCACAUCAAAGCCCCUAAUAGUUCGUCCACCUCUGAACGUCUGGUGGUGCGCUUCAAACAAAUCGAUAUCGAAUUCCAGGAAAACUGUUUGUAUGACUACCUAGGCCUGCAGAGUAGAGAAAAUGGCCCUAUGCAGAAGAUAUGUGGACAAUACACUAGCAACCUAGAACGAUUGGACUACGUCUCGGAAACGUCGGAGAUCUGGAUAACAUUUCACUCGGAUUUUUCUAUUUCCGGGGAUGGAUUUCAUGCCGUUUGGUCAACGAUGCCGCUACCUGGUUGUCCAUUACAGAUUAUGGAAAAGACCCAGGGCGAAUUUUUCAGUCCAUACUAUCCGUUUUUUCUGUUACCAAAUAUGAACUGUACUUUCCAUAUUAUAGCUCCAGAGGGAAGUAGAGUGUGGAUUAAAUUCCAUACUUUUGACAUGGAUUUUCGCAACGAACGCCAACAGUUCUCUUGUCGUGACGAGUACGUCCGUUUAGACUGGAAUUCCUCGAAUUCGAUCCAGCUAUGUGGAUCCUACAACUCGUCGAAGGACGCUCUACAAUGGAUCUCAGACGGCAACCAACUCAAAGUCCAGCUGAUUACUCGCGAUGGGAAGAGAGGCCGCGGUUUCCACGCCUCGUAUCGAUUCAUGCCCAUCCCAACUACGCUGACAGACACGUUAUUCCUUGACAACGAAGAUGAACUGGAAUUGGUUCCGUUUAAUUAUCCACAUCCGCCUCCUAGUCAACUGCGUCAGCUAAUCACAUUAAUGACUCGCCACGGUUCUUAUCUUCGUCAUCAAGCUCCCAGUUGGCUGACACCGUGCGAUUCAUCCUUCCGUCCAGCUGUGACGGCCAUGGUCGUUUUGAGAGACGCCUACAAUAAUAACACCGAGAUUAAGUUGUGCUACAGGAACGAGACAAUAGGUUCAACUGCAGAGUUUGAAUCAAGUUUCUACGAUUCAAAGUUCCAUACGUUAACGAUUGAAUAUGUGCACGUUGGCAUCAACUGGUCGGGCGUCCUUGGGCGCGUCAAAUCCGUGCAAGAUUCUACCUACGCUGAGAAGGUUUCCGCUCUGCCCGAGCAUUCUCCGGUGAAUUCAUGCGAUCCAGAUCCUUGCCAAGGGGAAGGUGUUUGCACCGCAGUGGACGAUCAAUAUUACUGUCAGUGCAAGGACAACUGGCGAGGAAUCUUUUGCUCGUUGACUCUGUGUCAGCUACCGGGUUCGUGCCAUCACGGUUCUUGCAUCGCAGUCAACGAAACUCAGCGAUGCAAUUGCCAUCCGGGAUUUACGGGUCAUUUGUGCGACUCUCGUUUAGCCCCUUGUGAUCUGGAACCCUGUGGUGAUCGUGGCAAGUGCGUCCCGACCAACGACGGUUUCAUCUGCCAAUGCGCUCCCUGGUGGCAAGGUCUUCGAUGUGAAACCCGCUGGCUGCAUCUUCCGUACAAGCCGCUGUCGCAACGGAUGCUGGAAGAGCCCUUCUGGCUGGGUCUUAUGACUAUUGCCAUCGUGCUCAUAAUCAUAGCAAUAGUUUGGUGUGCCAAAAGGCAUUUUGCUGAAAAAUUCGAUCGUUUCGUCAGCGAAGAGUUGGAAAGAGGCAAGUUGGUGGAACCGGCCCUGUUGGAUUGGUCGCGAGGGAGACAUAACUGUCAUCAAAUAAACAUGGAAGCCAAUGCAAUCAGCAGACCAGCCAGUCCCCAGACCGGUCUCAGUGUUCCAGCUGCUGAAGCCACGGCAUCUCAGCGUAAUUUUUUGGGAUGGCCAGGUUUUCGAAAGCCUUCGUUGCUAAGUAUAACUUCGCUCAUCAGCCCCAGUAAUAGCCACACGAGUGUGUCGGGCACCGGAGGCACGAACGGCGGAAAUUCGAGGAGAAUUGGUGUUUGCAAUAGGGGACCGCGUAGUGGACGAACUUUCAGCCUAGACGAUCUUUUUCGCCUGCCGAAACGUUCUCCAUCGCCGAGCAAACGAGGAUCGGAUAAUGAUGUAGCCAGCCAGCGCCGUGAUAUGGAACGCCAACAAAUUUUACAGAGAUUGAUCGCUUCUCAGAUUCCCAGCAGUCACCCUGGGUACAACACCUCAGACCCAGGAGAGGCGAUAAUGAUGACACAGCUAAGCUUGCAAUCGCCUUCGAGCUUGUUGAAUGCCAUUCAAGAUCACACGACGGAUGCAAGUAUGAUGGACACGGCUAUAGCAGCGCAGUUGCAACUACAACUUGAUUUGAAAGCUGAAAAGAAGGUAACAUUCGCCCGAAUGAUGGAAAUGGUGAAAACCGAUAUGACCAGUUCAGAGAACGAUACCAGCGCCAGUGAGGAGCCGAGCAAGUACAUAGAAGUCGUAGACGAGAGCACAGCAUCGAAUCCCAGAAACGUUCAUAACAAACGCAAGCAACGCAGUUGGAACUCGCGUCACUUUUGGCGUUCCAAUAAUAGCAAUUCGACUACACAAGGAAGUGCAAGUGAUCAAGACAUACAAGACAACUUCCUGUUGACAGAUCAAACACCAUCGAACGACUCGGUGAAUGGGGUCGGCAUUGGCAAGAGCACUCGUCACCUAAGGCUACCUAGCCGAAGUGUUGUGACAGGCAGCCGACAGGCUUCAAGCACAGAGUCGUUGCUGAACAUCAUUCGUAACUUUUCGGCAGCCAACCAUAGGACACCAUCGACUCCAUCUAGUCCACAGAUGUCUGAUUAUGAACUUUCGUCCUCGUUUCCUACUCCCCUUUCAACGCCCGGAACACCCGCUGGAAGUUUAGAAGUUAUACCACCGACUUCGAAUUCUGUUGACAGUACGUCCAUUCAGGUGGCAGUUAUCGAUGCUUCUGCCAUGAGCCAUCGAAACAACCGGUUGGGUACGACAAAUUUUACUUCACCGCACAUCACCUUGGAGAUUCCGACCAUGAAUUACGGACAAUUUUUGUCGCCCAUUCACGAAGUACCUACGCCAUUACCAAGUCCAGCACACACGCCCAUUCCAAGCACGAGAAGAGCAGAGAGAUGUGGUAGCUCGGAUUCUUCUCUUUCCUCCGGAAGUUCGACUGCUAUCGAUCAAAGAAGGUCCCUGUUGCAGCAGAGAUGGCAUCGUGAUAGUUGCAACGAAAAACACGGAAUCGGUACGUCAGUGCCAUCUAUUGUUGAAAAAGUGACAAGCAGCCGUGAAAAUCAGGAAAAACAGAGCAUUUCUAUAGUGGUGCCCUCCAAUAUCCAAAUUCUCGUGGAAUCGGAAUCUACACAACCGUCGCCCCUUUCCUCCACAGCUAAUUCGCCCUUACCUUCACCAGCUAAGACCAAGCCGCCACGUCUAAACAUUCUAAAUUCCAAUUUCGCCCGCUUUGAGGCGUUCGAGAUGAGUACCGACACGAACGAAAUCGCGCCAGUCCCUCCGUUAACGGUGCCACUGUUGUGUGUAUCAGAGGCUUCUCCGGAAAAGACGGAUUUUGAUCCCUCGCCAAAGAAAUGCCAAAACAAAAAGUCCCAAUGUACGUCCGUACUCGACUGGGAGCACGUCAGCCUCGGCUCGCCACCUUUACGCCGACUCCCGGUAGACGCAAUAGUCGCCGACAAUUCAAUCAACAAUACAUCCAUUGGCAUACGUCGUAACUUCAAAGACACUUUGGAUAAAUCGAGUUCUCUAGAUCUUCCACAUCCUCCACCGAUAAUCACCAUCACGACGAACUUCUCUGAAGUUGAAUCGGAUUCGGAUGCUGGAAUGUUAGGCAGAGGAGGAACCAGCAAUCAGAAGAUGUGUUACUUGAGCCCAUUCGUCUGUUACGGUGAAAGUCGGCCAGAUAUAGCCACGUCCGAGUCCAAUCUUAGUUCAUCCGGAUACAGUUCAAUGGCCAGUCCCGGAAUCAGCCCCGCUUGCUCAUCUAAAACACUUUGCAUCUGGAAGGAAGAGGAGGAUAUGGUCACCUUCAGUCGCACGCACGGCGGACGGAGAGACCGCCGGAUUUUUCAUCGGGCUCUUUUAUCGCCAAGUCUUGAGUCCAGUUCACCUCCCCUAGAUUCACCACCUGAAACCCCAUCAGCUGUUCUACGUAGUUUGCAUCGCAGUAAUGUCAAUCGGCUUAUUUAUCCACAAGAUUCAGAAACCGCGGAUGAUCCAGUAGCGAAUCUGUUUGUCGAGCCGGCUGCAGACGAACCUAAUCCCGCUUGUGAAUCGCACGAUGAGGGAAUUGACGUGUUCCACGUAUGUGGAAAAACGGUCGACAGAUCCGAUCAAGACAGCCUUCUCGAUUCGAAAAUUUUCAGUCUCAUACAGGCUCAUAAAAGUAUAAGUCUCGAUUCCAAACUGGUGGGACAGCGGCGAAAUAAUUUAAAAGGUGACAGUUUGGACACAAAGCUUCUCUCCCUGCAGCCGGGUGGGAUGCCGCCCAUUGUGCUACAAUCCCUUCAACUACCAGAGCCAUCAUCUUUAUGGACGUGUGGGGGCAAUAAUGGAAGUACGGAUGAAACAAGAGUUAAAAUUAGUCCGGUGUCAUCGCGAAGCGAGUCGCCUUUGAGCGACGUGAGAAGCACUGGGCUCGGCCGUUUUUCUACCAAGUUUUAUGGAAUGUCCAGGACCGAUAUGCUUCAUACGGAUUCUGAUGGUUUGUAUGAUUAUCCAAGCUCGGAAACGAUCUUGCCGCCGAGUAGCAUUCAUCGUCGUCACACUCGCAAAUGCGACCGGCGACGUGAAAGGAAGAGCAGUCUCAAGAGCAGCCGGAUUGAUCAUCAUCGCGAUUCGCUAGCAGCCGUUGCUGCCAAACGAUCUUUCUUGGACCCGUGUAUUGACCGCGGAGCAGGACGGCUAGUUAGCACGAAACGGAAAUCCCGAGUCCGUGCGCAAAGCAACAUCGAUUUUUGCGCUACUUCGUCGUCGAAUGAAAGUCUCAGCUCGGCCAAUAAACGCUUGCCGCAUAAAAAAGGGCCUCAAAUUAUUAAUUUGCGGCGUGGUUCGUCACCUCUUUGCGACGUGAUCUUAACAAUACAGGCUGCUUCUUCGUUAGACGAGUUGCACAGCGAGGUCGGUGAGGAGAAACAAGAAAACGAAACAAUAUCGAGUAGUACCUCGAUAGAAUUACGAGCCUUUAGACUACCAACGCGAACUCGCCAAAACACUGCUUUUAGGUUCCCUGAAAGGAGGAGACAAGACAGUAUCUGCAAACGACGUGAGCAGCCACCUUUGUUGAGGAAUUCUAGGGGAUCGAGAAGAGCGUGUUCAGCAGCGGAGGGCGCGUUAUGCCUAAAGGGGGUUAGCUCAACAGAAUCGUCUUACACGGAGUCGGAUGCUUGCGAUAGCAACGAAUCGUUGGCCAAUUUCGGAGAGAUCGAAGACAUGGUAGAUUCACCUCCAAUCUAACCACAAGAAGUUGAUAAACGAGGCGAAAUAAAGCUGAGAUAAAAACCGAUUGCGCGGCGUGAAAAACGACAAUACGUAUUUUUUCCAGGCUGUUUUUCUUUCAACCAAAGUUCAAAGAUACGUAUAAAAUCCCGCGACAUCAUUGUCGUGCAUUUAUCAUUUCCUUUUAUACGCAUCUGCAACAAACCCUAACAUUAAAAAAAAAAGAACUCUAUAGCUUACUUUUUAUUGGUUGUUUCCAUUAUUUAUGCCAAACAAUGCACAACAGGUUUUGUUUCGUAAGUUUUGAGCACGCUAAAAAAAGAUCAAUGCGUAAUGUUCUUGUAUAACAAUUAGCUAUAUUGACCAAGAUAGAAACCUUGUUAACGUUUCCAGUUUUAAAAACCUUGACAACGGAUUGUUUUUCAAAAAAGGACUUUCUUUUUUUAAGGAUUCCAUGAAUUUUGUAACAUUUCAUGCUAUCACCUUACAAGUUUGCGAUGGUCGAUCGAUUCGUGUCAACCCUUUGGCGUUUUACUUACUUAUUCUCAGUGACUGUUUUGAUAUUUGUUUCACUUUUCCCGUCGUUCUUGUUAUUGCAGAAAUAUUGUAUAUCGAUGGCCUGCCUCAAACGCGUUUUUACAACUCUUUCUUCUGAUACCCUUUUCUCAAGUUAAAAUCAUUGUCUACUCAACAUUCCAUUUUGAAUUCGAAACUAAUAAACAGUGACACAACCGUC